GCUAAUAUUAAGCACAAUCUCAUUCUAUAUACCGGAAUCAGCAACUCCUCACUUGGUUCUUCUCAUUUAUAACUCUGUUCACAGCUGAUAUUAUCAGGACUGUCUGAUCUCAACAUCGAAAUGGCAGGAGAGGCCAACAAAGGUCUUUCGGCAGAUAUUCAUACAUUUCUACCUGCACUCCACAAUUAUACUACAGGCUAUUCUUUUCCUCCAACGGAUAUUGAUAUCCCGUCAUAUUCAUUCACAGAUCAGUUUCAUAACCAGUUGUCUGACAUCGAUAUUAAUGAUGAUGGAGGUGACUAUAUCGAAUCAAAGUCUACUCCAGGCGAUAUCACGCGAAAAAUUCCUGAUAGUACUAGUAACAAGGAUGCUAUUAGUACUAAACGCAAGGAACAAAAUCGGGCUGCCCAGCGUGCCUUCCGUGAGCGACACAGAAAUAGGCUAAAUGAGCUUGAAGACAUGGUGCAAGAUUUGAAACGCAAUAUUCGUGCUUACAAUCAAUACAUCUGUCAUCUGAGAGCCCGCAUCGCACAUCUGGAGGGCGAGAAUUCGUUUCUCUAUAUCACUUCCAAGGUACGGCCGUCAAAUACGGUUUGAGGCUUCGAUACACCAAUUGGAGCUGCCGAAUUUACCAGAUCUUUGUGCAAUUGACCCCGUUGUCAAAUGAGCGCGGUUGGAGUCACGUCACGUUGCAAGCUUUUGUCAAAUAUUCACUACUGUUAUAUUAUAAUGGAUACAGCUGUUUGUAGUCAACGUAGCUCUUACGUCAUGAAA